AUGAUUCGUAUCAAACAAGAUCCUGACGCCUUGGAUUUAACCAAUCGUCCACAACAUCUCCUUUCGCCAACAAUUGAGCAUGACGAUGAUGAAGAAGAUAAUUUCUCUGGCGAAGAUGAUCUACACGAUUGUAUUCGCAAAAAAACAACGUACGAUAGCGGUUUCGUCGAUACAAGCGAUGAGAAUAACAACACUUCAAUUAUGAUGAAACAGGAAGGAAAUCAUCAUCAUUAUCAUAGUACUCCACUACGUCCUCAACAGAUUCAUGCACAUAUUCGUCAUCCGAGCACGAGUAGUAGUACAUGUUCAUCAGCAACACCUCAAGAACAAUCGAAUGAUAAAGAAUGUCGAAAUACACGAUUUUUGGGCAGUCGAGCGGUUGCUGUGUUGAAUCAUUGGUUUCAAUUGAAUCGUGAUUAUCCAUAUCCAGAUGAUGAACGCACGGACCAAUUAGCCAAUGAAGCUGGUAUCACACAAAAACAGGUUAAGAAAUGGUUUGCAAACAAACGUGUACGUAGUCAAAUGUGUUACAAGCCAUUGUAUCGAUCUCGAAAGGUGAAGAGUUCAGUACCGAGUACAGUUCCAACACAACUUCCCCAAACCAACUUUAAUUACAUCAUCAAUCACAAUAAUAUUGCAACACCUUCACCAAAUUUUCCACCUUUGCCGCCACCGCCAGCUCCAGCGAAUCCAAUGCUGUUCAAUCCGAUGGCAACGUCAAUGAUGAUGUUUAUGAUGCAACAGCACUUUAUGUCAACAAUGAUGGCUACUGGACUUCCUCAGAUCCCAAUCCCAGCCCCAACACCAACGCCAGCCACAAUAAUUCCGACGCCAGAGUCUUCGAAGACUGUACGCAAGCCAAAUGCUGAUCGAAUUACUCGCUUUUGGUUGUAA